GAUGGCAGCUCUUUCUCUCGACGAUGUACCGUCUUAUAUUUCAACUAUUCCUCUCGACAAUGUACCCUCUCACAUUUCAACUAUUUCUCUCGCCGAUGUACCUUCUUGUCUGUCUCCUUCUCUCGACAAUGUAUCCUUCGACGAUGUACCCUCUCAUUUCUCAACUCUUUCUCUAGACCAUGUACCCUCUCACUUGACUUCAAUUCUAUCUCUCGACAAUGUAUCCUUCGACGAUGUACCCUCUUACCUCUCACCUCUUUCUUUGGACCAUGUACCCUCCCACUUAUCAACUCUUCGAUCACAUCUCGACAAUGGUUCCCCUCCACCAUCGAAAUGUCAGCCUCAACGCAAUGUAGUGCAUGACCACGCUAUCGACGACCUAGUUCGAAAAAUGGUAGCUCUUUCUCUCGACAAUGUUCCCUCUCGCUUAUCAAAACUUCGGCCACAUCUGCACGACCACGCUAUCGACGUUCUGCUGCAACGAUCAGAAACUCUCGCUCUUAACGACAACUACGCUAUCGACACCGUAACUCUUGCUCUCGACGAAAACUCCACUAUCAACAUACUUGCUCUUGACGGCAACCACGCUAUCGACGCUCUACUGCACAAAUCAGACGCGCUGACUCUUAACAACCACGCUAUUCAAGUUGACGCUCUACUGCACAGAUCAGACGCUCAUACUCUUGACGACAAUGCCUCUCAGCCAUGGAAACACAUGUUACACGAUAACACUGACGACAAUUCCGGAUACCAACACUUGCGCCGCCACUCUGCCAACACUCUAUUCCGAAACAUCAAAUCUAUCGAUCCUCAGAAUUUCAACUACGACAGACCCUACACGACAAUGCUAUCGACACCGUACUUCGAAAUAUGGAGCCUCCUAUUCUUGACGAUAACUCCCCAGUGUCCCCACAGUCGCCAAAACGUCAGACACAAUACACCCUAACGCGACCACAGUAUCGGCAUGCUACCAGCUGCUGAACUCCACACGACGUCUGCGAAUAAAAAUAAAUGACACGUCGUUUACAACACGUCUGGUGUCAGGUUCCCUACGACCCAACACCUAGUGGCCUCCCUCGCUGUCCCCUACG